AUGCCACGUGCUGGUUUACGAAAUAGUCUUGUGGAACAACCAAGACCAAUAGAACAAACUCUUCCAACAACUCGAAAACGCAGUCGAAAAGUUCUUCAUCCAAUUGCAACAGAUACCGAAAUUGAUAAGGAAGUUUUAUGUUCCUCACCUUCUCCUUUAACUGAUAGUGUUUGUGCAAGUCCAGCUCGUCGAGCACGUCUUCUUAAUCCUCAAUUAUCAGCGGCUAAAGUUGCACUUCAUUCUCAUGUUUCACGUCAGAUAUGUGGUCGCGAAGAAGAACGUCAUCUUAUAGAAAAAUUUUGUGCUCAAAAAUUAUCUAACUCAAAUGAUGAAAAUGGUGAUAUUAAUAAUCCUUGUUUGUACAUCUAUGGAGCACCUGGUACAGGUAAAACAGCCGUUGUAACCAGUAUAACAAAUAGAUUUGCAGAAGAAAAUCGUUUUAAAAAUAUCUUUCUUAAUUGUAUGUCAACAGAUUUAGUUCGCGAUGUUCUUGAACAUAUUCUUGAACAAUUAAAUUGUAAAACAAAAUUAACAAUAAAAAAUAUGUGGUCACUUGCAAUAUCACAUGUUGAUAAAUGUCAUUUACCAGUUUUACUUAUUCUUGAUGAAGUUGAUGAAUUACUUUCAUCAAAUGAUAUGGAAAAUGUUUAUAAAUUACUUGAAUGGCCACAUCAAAGUUCAAAUUUACUUAUGAUUGGAAUUGCAAAUUCGCUUGACUUUACUGAUCGACUUUUACCACGAUUACAACUUAAGCCUGAGCAUAAACCUUAUUUGCUUCGUUUUUUACCUUAUAAUCGUGAAGAAAUGUUAUCAAUUGUUAAUGAUCGUCUUGGUUCAAUUGAAUUAUUCGAUCGUAAUGCUUUAAUGUUAUGUGCAAGUAAAAUUGCAUCAACAACAGGUGAUUUACGCACUGUUUUUGAAGUUUGUCGUCAAUCAAUGGAAUUAGCUACUGAUUCACCAACAAAAGUAAAUGUUGGUGUAACUCAAAUGAUGGAAGUCUUUACUAAUAAUACUCAAAAUACAAAUUCAUCAGAUCAUAUACAAACAAAAAGUUUACCAACAUUUGAAAAACUUCUUCUUUGUUCAUUAAUUAUUUGUAUGAGAACAAAUAAAAAACGUGUUUGUACAAGAGCUAAAUUACUUAUGGUAUUUCAUGAUCUAUGUGCUAAACAUAAACUUCCAUCGGCAGAUGGACUUGAAUUUGAAGGUUUAGUUGAUGCAUUGGAAGAUCAUGGACUUGUAAAGAUUAUUCGAUCGAAAAGCAAAAUUAAACAAGAUGAUCAAAUUCAUGGUAAAGUCGAAGAUAAUGUUUUGAUUGAUGCACUUCAAGAUCAAACUUUACUUGGCAUGGUUUUGCACAAUUAA